AUGUGCCCCCACCAUCGCGGCGCGCCGGCCAGCGCGAAGCCCGCCGUGUAUGAAAUUCGCUCCGCUUCGUACGCUGCUAACGCGACGCUCGCCUGCCGCGUUCCUCGUCGCCCCCACGCCAUGGGCGCUCCUCUUCUCCACUGCGCCGCCGCCGCUUUCAUUGCCGCUUGCUGCUGCCUCUGCUUUCCUCCCGCUGCUGCGCAAGCAGGCGCCUCUAGCGGCGGUGAAUCCGGAGGGCUGGCGUGGCACGAGGCCUGGCAGGCGGCGUACGAGUUGACGCCGGGCUCCUUCCUGCCGCCCCUCUCCGUCGCCCUGCCGCCCGGCGUGCCGCCCGCGCCGCACCUGGAGGACUGCACGGCGCACACGGCAGCCAGGGCGCGCGCGGAGGCGCGGGGGGAGGGGGGGGAGGCGCCCCCCUGGACGGCGCCCUCUCAGUGCUGCGGAUGCUCCCCCCAGCCGCCCUGGGUACGGGGUGACGACGCAUCCAAUCUCCCACUGACACGUGUUGCCCAAACACACAUCUGGCAACACCAAUUCCCCCCGUCAUGCGACCACCGCCGCCUGCUGCUUGCUGAUUGGCCACAGCUGAAUGCUGACAUGGCAGCAAUGGGGGCAGGGGAGGCGGAAGGGGCAGGCGGCAUGGGGGGCAUGGAGGGAUUGGCGGGGGAGGUGCAUGUGGUGGGGGGCCUGCUGGGGCUGGCGCUGCUGUUGAACCGCACACUCGCUGUCACGCCGGGCUCCUUCCCCCAUGCCAACCACUCCGCUUGUUCUGCCACACCAGAGUCGCUGGCCUGUUUCUUCACCCCCCUCACGGGGCACCUCUGCCAGCAGGCAGCAGCAGCCGCCAUGGCAGCCCACCUGCCCGUGCCCGCCGUCGCAUGCGCCGCCGCCCAAGAGGCCACUCAGGCCGCCUCUCAGGGCUUGGAUGAGCUGGACACAUUGCUGACGUCCGCAGAUCCGGUGGUGCGCGUCUGCACUGGGGCGUUGAGCCGACACCAACUGCUGCUGCUGACCAACGAAUCACGCGUCGCCACGCAGUGGGGUGCAGCUGUGAGUGCGGCAUCCCAGUCGGUGGAGGUAGCAGGGGUGGUGCCGCCACACAACGCACACAGGGAGCAGUUGCACUGGUGGCGAUCCCAGGCCGUUCGAUUCCUCUUCCGCUGGCCAUCUGCCCACCUCUGCCACGUCACCAACCUUAUCCGCCAUGUCAGCUACGGCCGUUACAUCGCUGCUCAGAUGCACUCCGCUGCCCAGCAGCAGGCUGCCAUCAUCCGCUCUCUCUCCGCUGGCCCGUCCGAGGCCGACAAGAGCAUCGGAAUUGAUACAGCUGCCGAAGCCAAGUUCCUAGCCUCGGUAGACAUCAGGUCAGGGCCAAGCCUGGAGGGCCGGGUGUGGCCAGCGUUAGGGUUUGAAGGAUGUGUGAAGACAAAGGAGGGGGCGUGGGGAGGAAGUGUGAUUAUAGACGAGGUGUAUGAGGGAGUGGGGAGGGAGGCAUACAUCAUGCGGCCCGUAGUGAGUGUGCACGUGAGUAUGGGCGGCAGUGGGGAAGCUACAGGCAAUAGUGGUGGAGCAGAUCCCAACACAACGCUGCCAGCAACAUCACGCCUGCAGCCAGCCGUUCAAACGCUCAUGUUCUUGGCCCAUCGCCUGAGGCGCCAUGUGCCACACUUGCGCCACGUGUGGUUGACAGCCACUGUGCCGGAUGUGAGCAAUGAGCUGUUGGAGCACCAUGACUGGACGUUUCACAGCGUCCUCAGGAGCAUGGGUGCCCACGUUGAGCAAUCACCGCCUUCUGGCUUGGAAGACAGCCUGGGUAGCGCAGUGGGUGCCACGGCAAACAUGCUCUCUCAGCUCCUCAUUGCCUCUGAAUGUGAUUAUUUUGUGGGCGCACUCAGCUCCUCCAGUGCACAGCUGUUAAACGAGCUCAGAAGCACAAAUGGGAGGAUGCUGUCUGGGUUUAUUUCCUUGGAUCAAUGA